CGCUGGCCAUGCAGCACAUGGACCUGAAGCAGGUGGAGCUGGACUCGGCCGUGGCCAAGGUGGACGAGCUCUCCUCCGCCAGCUCGAGUCCCUCUUGCCAGGACGGGGCCCGGACCCCCCACAGUGCUGGCCGUGCCCAGCCCCGGCGGGGGAGGGGCGGAGAGCCCCCCACGGCCCCCCUCCUGCGGCCCUUGGAGCUGCUGGGGGGCUCGGGGGUCCCGGGGCGUACGAGAGAGGCCCCCCCGCACGAGGUGCAGGCGCUGUACCCGUCCCUGGCGGCCCCCGGAACGUUCCGGACACAGGAUGACCUCGGCAUCAAGCGGCGGCCGCAGAAAAGUUGGAACGAGUCCGACCUGGACGUGGCCUACGAGAAAAAACCGGGGGGCUACGACCGGACCCCCGAGCCCCACGGCCGCCCCUCGCUGGGGCUCUGGAGGGAAUCCAGCCUCGACUCCGGCAAGGACGGCUCCUUCGGCGCUCACAGCGCCACCCUGCCGCGCAAUUACAAGCCGUCCGCCCUGGAGCGGCGGCCGGACGGGGGGGCCCCGCCGCUGUUCCGCUCGCCGCCGCUGUCGCGGACGCUGCCGCGGGGGUGGCAGCCGGGCCCGGGCCAGCAGCCGGUGUCGCGCAUCCCGGUGCCCCCGCCCCGGCCGCCGACCCCCCGCCACAAGCCGCUGCCCCUCUCCAUGAUCUUCCGGCUGCAGAACGCCUUCUGGGAGCAGGGGGCCCAGGGGGAUCAGCCCCCUCGCCGGGGGGCUCAGCGCCCCCCCAGCGGCGGGGGCGGGGGGCGCGCGGGGGUCGCCCAAAGCUGCCGGCGCUGCCCGCGGGGGCCGUCCGGAGCGGCUGGGGGGAAGCCCCCCCGCCCCGCGCCCCCCGACCCUCCGGAGCCCGAGGCGGAGCUGGAGCGGCUCCUGCGCUGCUCGGACGCCGAGGGAGCCCCGGAGGGUCCCCCGAGGACCCCCGGAGGGUCCCCCGAGGCGCCCCCGGCGCGGCCGCUGAGCCCCACGCGGCUGCAGCCGCUGCUGCCCCCCGAGGCGCGGCGGGUGCCCGAGUUCCAGGAGGUCGCGCGGGUCCUGGCGGAGAUGCCGCGGCCGCUGAAGCGCCGGGGCUCCAUGGAGCAGAGCCCCGGGCCCGCCGCCGCCCCGGCGCGCACCCGCCACUACCGGCAGCUGAUCCCGCGCCUGCUGCACCGGCCGGGCACGGCCGCGACACCGGGGGAAGGUGGCGGGGAGGUGGCGCUGCCGCUGUCGCCUGGACCCUGGGCGGCACUGGGGCGGCCUCGGCGACUGGGGAUGUGGGGUUUAUGGGUGGCUCUGGGGCGUUACGGGGCCGCCAUCUUCGCCACCACGGCCAGCGACGGCAGCCUGGCGGUGGAGAAAUGCGACCCGUACCGCGAGGGCUACGCCGACUGCUCCAGCUACCUCACUGAGGUGGAGCAGGGCAUGGGCGUGCUCAACAGCGGCGUGGUGUACGCGCUCUGGGAUUACAGCGCCGAGUUCGGCGACGAGCUGUCGUUCCGCGAGGGCGAGCCGGUGACCGUGCUGCGCCGCGAGGCCCCCGAGGAGCUCGACUGGUGGUGGGGGUCCCUCUACGGGCACGAGGGAUACGUGCGCAACUACUUCGGGCUCUUCCCGAGGGUUCGGCCACAGAAGAAGAAAAUCUGA